AUGGCAUUAAGGGUGAAUAGAAACCAAAAUGCUGAUGAUAUCAUAGGGCAAGUUCAACAUGACGAUGUGGCAGCAGAUAAUAAUCUAGUAGCUAUAGUCGAAAGAAUUAUGGUUCAAAAUAGGGUAAAUUUUAGCCUUAGAAGGCCAAAUUAUACGUCACCUUUGUCAAAGUAUAUCUUGCAGGCAGAAGCACCCCCUAGAACCAAAAUCCCCAAAUUCACUAAGUUUUCUGGGGAUACCACUGAGUCCACUGUCGAGCACGUGGCUAGAUAUUUAAUUGAGGCUAGAGAUAUGUCAAACAAUAAGAGCCUUAGGAUAAUUUUUUUUCCAAGUUCUCUCACAAAGAAUGCUUUCACACGGUUCACCACCUUGCCCCAAAGUUCGAUCCACACUUGGAACCAACUGGGAAGAAUGUUCCAUGAACAGUUUUACAUGGGGCAAACGAAGAUAAGUUUGAAGGAAUUGGCUAGUAUUAAGCGAAAGUUCACUGAGCCAAUUGAUGACUAUUUAAAUAGGUUUCGAUUACUCAAAGCUAGGUGUUUUAUACAAAUACCAGAGCAUGAACUGGUCAAAAUGGUUGUUGUGGGCCUCGACUAUUCGAUUAGGAAGAAAUUGGAUACUCAAUACCUGAGGGAUAUGGCCCAAUUGGCUGACAGGGUUCGACAGUUGGAACGUUUGAAAGAAGAAAAGGCUAGGGCAAAUAAAGGUAAAAGGGUAGCCUAUGUCGAUUUCAGGAAUGAUGAUGAAGGCUCCUGCGACGGACUUUCAGACUUCGACGACAAUGAGAUCGACCCUUCUGAACUGACACAAGGACCGCCAUAUGCGUGCAAAGUUUUAGCACCUUCGAAUGGGAAAAGUCCUGUCGAACCAGAAAAGAGAGACAAAUUUCCUAAGAAAACUUAUACGUUCGACGUUACAAAAUGUGACGAAAUUUUUUAUUUGUUAGUCAAAGAUGGUCAAAUGAUAGUACCUCCGGGUGCUAAAGUACCCCAUUUAGAGCAAAGAAAGAAAAGAGGAUUUUGCAAAUACCAUGGUUUUCUGGAUCAUAAAACGUCUCAAUGUUUUCUUUUUAGGGAUCUUGUGCAAAAUGUCAUCCAGGAAGUGUAG